AUGGCCCCAUCUAUAACCGAGACCGUCUCACUUCACUCAGCACCAAAGGCCUCUCUUAGAACCGAUGCUGGUUACAAUAAGGAGAAUGGGGUAGGAUACCGUGAAACUUAUCAACAUGACAAUGAGAUCAAAGGAACCGCAAAACAGCCGCCGGCAUCGUUCCCGAACUAUCUCCCCGUCUGGGAUAACGAAACAGAGAAAUACCCACCACUUCAACCCUUUGAGCACUAUGACCAUGGAAAGGAUGCCGACCCAACUUUCCCAGAUCUCUUUCCUGAGGGCAAGGGCGAGGUGGAGGAGCUUACCCCAACCAUUGGUAGCGAAGUUCACGGUAUCCAACUGAGUCAGUUGACCGAUAAGGGUAAAGACCAGCUGGCUUUGUACAUCGCCCAAAGGAAAGUUGUCGCUUUCCGAGACCAGGACUUCGCUCAGCUCCCCAUCGAGAAAGCCCUUGAGUUCGGUGGUUAUUUCGGUAGACAUCACAUUCAUCAGAGCUCUGGAGCACCUAAGGGCUUCCCCGAGAUUCAUCUCGUUCACCGUGGAGCAGACGAUAGGAGCGGAGCUGAAUUCCUGGAAACUCACACCAACUCGCUUACUUGGCACUCUGAUGUUACCUUCGAGAAACAGCCUCCUGGCACUACAUUCCUGUACUUGUUGGAUGGCCCGACAAGCGGCGGAGAUACUCUAUUCUGUAACAUGGCCCAGGCUUAUAGACGAUUGUCACCCGAGUUCCGCAAGCGAUUGCAUGGCCUGAAGGCUGUUCACUCUGGUGUCGAACAGGUCAACAACAGUUUGAACAAGGGUGGUAUUGCACGACGCGACCCAAUUACCACCGAGCAUCCGGUUGUGAGGACACAUCCCGUCACUGGAGAGAAAGCUCUUUUCGUGAACCCACAAUUUACCCGAUACAUCGUAGGAUACAAGAAAGAAGAGUCGGACUUCCUCCUCAAAUUCUUAUAUGAUCAUAUUGCCUUGUCCCAAGAUAUUCAGACUCGAGUAAGGUGGCGGCCGAAUACUGUAGUUGUUUGGGAUAACCGAGUUGCUGCACACAGUGCCAUUUUCGACUGGGAGGAUGGUCAGAGGCGCCAUCUCGCAAGAAUCACGCCACAGGCGGAAAGACCGCACGAAACGCCAUUCGAAGGGUAGAUGCCUGUGCUUUUGCUUAUAUUUCAGGUUACCGCAUUAGGAAUACGAAUAUGAUAUCGAGACAUAUGAUGUUAUACAUAGAGACGAUCUAUGUUGACGAACAAGAAUCGAUUAUUGGCACCCUGGUAUCCGUUGCCUUCACAGCAGAGACACUUUCUAGUAACAUUAGAAGCAGCAAGUCUCACAGCCCACACGCAUGAGCUCUUAGAGAACGUAGAACAAUUUGCCAAUUUUUUCAAGGAUUGCCGGUCUCGGUUUGUAAACCGUUUAGAUUUUCCAGGGCUUGGCGUAUGAUUGAUACUAAACUUGUUCCCUUCACCUUUGAAGUUUGUUGCAGCUGUUCUUCCAAGAGUUGCCGAGGACGAUGGUCUUAGCCGGCCAAGGCGAUAUACAUGUAGACCGGGAUGGUAUGCUUCACGAGGUCUAUAGUGGAUUUUCAUCAGAAGCAUUAGGAGGAUUUAUCAAAAUUGCUGAAAGUGCUAAACGAGAACGCAGCGAUGGCUCCUCGGGGAGUUCAACGUUCGCCAAUUCGAGACCCAUGGUGCCGUCAAGUUGUUGGCAGUCUUCCCAGACUUGAUGGCGCUUGAAGUGUGGGAGUGAACAGGAUGUUCUACUUCCGUAUGUUCUGCUGACACAUCCUCCAAGUGU